AUAUAACCAGCCCUCCCUCCCCACAUUAUCAACACAGCUCUCUCUCUCUCUCUCUCGGAAUGGCCAGUGCAGAAGGAGCGGAUGGAAGCAAGAAGGUGGAAGUAAAGAAGGCAAAUGAGUGGCAUAUGGCAAUCUUAAGGGCGGUAACAUUCUUAGCCACGGCGUCGGCCACCAUAGUAAUGGGGCUCAACAAGCAAACCAAAACCCUGGUGGUUGCUACCAUCGGAAGCACUCCCGUGCAGGCCACUCUCACCGCCAAGUUCCAGCACACUCCCGCAUUCGUGUUCUUCGUCGCUGCAAACGCCAUGGCCAGCCUGCAUAGCUUGUUGAUGCUGGCGGUGGAGUGUUUUGGAGGCAAGUUUGAUCUCAAGGGCCUGCGCUUUGUGAUGAUCCCCAUUUUAGACAUGAUGACGGUGGCACUGGUGUCUGGCGGGGCAAGCGCAGCGAUUUUCAUGGGGCAGCUGGGGAAGAACGGCAACAAGCACGCAAGGUGGAACAAGACCUGCGACAAGUUUCACACCUUCUGCGACCAUGGCCAGGGCGCUUUCAUCGCUUCCUCCGCUGGCCUCGUCCUCUUGAUCAUCAUCACUAUCAUGUCCAUUCUCAAACUCAGAAAUUAUUCAAGCUCCUUUAUCAUCCACUCUGCAGUGCCUUGAUCCCAUGCAUGCAGUAGUUGGAUCAUCAUCAUCAUCAUCAUCUUCAGUUCCUUCACUGGGUUGUUCGGUGUUUACUGUUUGCUGAUUUCAGCAAGGAGAUGACUUGCAGUGAAUAAAAAUGGUGUAUUGGAGUGCAGAUUGAAUUGAAACAUGGUUUAAUUUUCUUUUCUUAAAUUUGAAUUAUGGAUUGUAAGGAACAAUUAUAACACCUAUGUAAGUGGAAAAAAUUGGGAUUUUAUGGGCAUUAUUUUUUAUUGUAA